GGAUCUAGGCAGCAGCUAGCAGAGGUUACCCUGAGUGUUUUAACAGGGAAUAUUUACAGCCUAAUAGUUCGGAAGGGAUGAUCGCGCUAAUUUUCUUUUCUGCCCUGCUGUGGGACAAGGCUCAAGCGUGGGGAUUCAAGGACGGAGUGCUGCAUAACUCUAUCUGGUUAGAGCGAGCGGCCGGAGUCUAUCACAGGGAGUCGCGCUCCGGGAAGUACCAGCUCACCUACGCAGAAGCGAAAGCCGUCUGUGAAUACGAGGGAGGACACCUGGCCACGUACCAGCAGCUGGAGGCAGCACGGAAAAUAGGUUUCCAUGUGUGUGCUGCAGGCUGGAUGGCAAAGGGAAGGGUCGGUUAUCCCAUAGUAAAAGCUGGAGCCAACUGUGGCUUUGGGAAGACGGGCAUUGUCGAUUAUGGGAUUCGCCUCAACAGAAGCGAGAGGUGGGACGCCUACUGCUACAACCCUCACGGAAAAGAAUGUGGUGGAGUCUUCACAGAUUCAAAACAUGUUUUUAAGUCGCCAGGAUACCCAAACGAGUAUGAAAACGAGCAAAUUUGCUACUGGCAUAUUAGAGUCAAGUACGGACAGCGUAUUCACCUACAGUUUUUAGAGUUUGACGUUGAAGAUGACAUCGCUUGUAUGGCUGAUUUCUUGGAAAUCUAUGACAGCUACGAUGAUAUCAACGGCUUUGUGGGCAGGUUUUGUGGAGAUGAGUUGCCAGACGACAUCAUUAGCACAGGCAAUGUUAUGACCUUGAAGUUUUUGUCAGAUGCCUCAGUGACGGCUGGUGGGUUUCAAAUUCGAUAUAUGACCAUGGACGUACCUUCAAAGUCAAGUGACGGAAAGAACACGACAUCCCAAGGAAAAACAAACUUCUUAUCUGGGAAAUUUGGGAUUAUGUGAGAAGAGUAACGAGAUACACUCAUUAAGAAACUGGUUUUAGAACCCAGUUCAGAUACCUUCAGAUAAGACAUUUUCUCCAUACCUUUCUUUUUAUUUUCUGCUUUUAUGUAAGUUUUGUUAAUAAAGUAUACUAUGAAAUAAAUUAUAAAAUAUACUUACAUGAAUAAUAGAAGACUAUUUUUACAUUACAAGUACUGUAAAAAUCUGAAAAAUUCAUUGUUACCAAAGAUUUAAAAAAUAUUUUUCUAUAUAAACUGCUCCUUCUCUUCAUUUCUUGCACCAUUUGAACAAAAUUUUUGUGUGACCGUUUCAGUUAUUUUUAAAUUUGAUAUGCUGUUCUAUGCUUAUUUUCCUUUAGAGUAAGCUUAUUUUUAAGGUACAUAAAUUAAUCUUGUGGAUGGCCCAGUGGCCACCCAUGUAAUUGUCUGAAGUCAGAAGAUUGGGAAGCAGCACGAAAAGCACAGAAUCAAUUCCAUGAUCAUCGUAAUUUUUGUUGUGAGAUGAAUCACAAACCGCUCAAUGAAUUUUGUCAGGGUUUCCUCAGACGCAGAAGAGACGUUCGAGUUCCUUUUACUUCUCUGGUUUCGUUAGCAACGAAUCAAAUGAAGGACUUGGUAACGAUAAUAAAACUGGUGAGAUGAAGCAUCAGAAGCAGUUGGUGACCGAGUACCAGCAAAACCGCUCGGAAGACCCUGUCGAGAUGCUGCAUGUUGUUUACACGGGUUUUAAGAAGACUGUACUUUCAAGUUGAUGAACAGGAAUCAUGCUCUGUAUGUUUUUAACUUCAGUUUAAAUUCCUCAGUCUGAAGC